AGCAUCGAAUCCUUUAUUUCGCAAAUGUUCGAAACCCCUCAAUAUAAAGUUUCUCUCUUCACUUCACCAGAAAACACAUACAGAGAAGCAAACACCUGAUCAUCAUCAUCAUCGUUCCUUUGCUCACUCUUACUCUACAAUGUCGACAGAGGAGGACACCGUCCAAGAAAAGAAGACGAUCUCCCUGAAGACCUCCGACGAUGAGAUCUUUGAAUUGGAGGAGGACGUAGCGAUGGAGUUCGGAACCGUCAAGGCCUUCUUUGGAGACGAUGGGGUCUCCCGAGACAUGGUGAUGCCUAUUCCUAACGUGCACAGCAAGGAACUGACGAGGAUCAUUGACUUCUGCACCAAGCAUCUCGCCUUGAAGCCGAAGGCGGAGCACGACGAGGCCGGGAAGAAGGAACUGAGGAAGUUCUAUGCUGAGUACGUGAAGGAGGACACCACCGAGCGCAUAAUGGAGCUGAUUCUGGCAGCUGAUUAUUUGAAUGUGAAUGACUUGCUGGACUUGUUGAACCAGUCCGUGGCGGACCGGAUCAAGAACAAGAGUGUGGAGUAUGUAAGGAAGUUGUUUGGGAUUGAGAGCGAUUUCACUCCCGAGGAGGAGGCGGCGCUCCGGGAGGAGUAUGCCUGGGCUUUUGAGGGGGUUGAUGAAGACUGAAUGGUGCAAAUGUUAAUUGAGAAUUUGGAAGAAGUUGGAAAGUUAAUUUAAUGAUUUUUUCUCUUCGUUCUUUAGGGUUAGGUUACUUAUUUUCGUGUUGCAGAUAUAAAUAAAGACGUGUAUUUUAUUUCAUUUAAUGAUAUGGCUCUAUUGUUUAUAGUGUGAA